CGUGCUAGACCAAGAUGAAUCCUAAAGUUCUCCUUGCUGCCAAAAACGGCGAUAAAAGUUUGAUUAGGAAUUUCUUUGACUCUGACCCUCGACAACUGAAGGAAGUUACUUUGAGGGAAAUACUGCCCUGCACAUCGCUGCGAGGGAAGGCCAUUCGGAGCUGGUUGAAUGGAUUCUUCAAAAUGUGAAAGGCCUCUCUGGAGCUCGCAAUUCUGAUCUCAAUACGCCGCUGCACGAAGCUGCUAAGCGGGGAAAUGCUGAGAUAAUUCGUACUCUUCUCCGCUACAACGUGUGGCCAGCCGCUAAACGCAAUCAGUUUGGAGAGUCGGCUCUGUUAAUAGCUUCAGAGAAAGGUCAUGUGGAAGCAGUGAGGGCUUUGGUGGAAGCCACACCAGUAUAUAUCAUGCUCUGGCCAAGGGAGGACCACCAAACCUGUCUUCACGUUGCUGCCUACGGAGGAAGUUUAGAGAUAGUAAAGUUGAUACUUGAGAGGCACAGUUUCUGCAACAUUUUGCGUCUCAUUAUGAUUAGUCAUGAUAUCCAUGGUGCCACUCCAUUGCAUUCUGCUGUUCACCGAGGGAAUUUAAAUAUUGUGAGUGAAAUUGUAAAAUCAAAAUUACCUUGGUGGUGUCGUAUGAAAUGGUUUCACAUCAGUUUAAUGACAAAGAAGGAUAAGUUUGGAAGAUGUGCAAUACAUUUAGCAGCGAUCCAGGGCAAUAAAAAGAUGAUGGAGGAAUUCUUGUCAAUAAUGCCAGAUUGUAUUGAAAUUCGCAGUAGAGACCAUAAAACUGCUCUACACUUUGCUGUAGAACACAACCAAUCUGAGAUAGUGAAAAUGCUUCUCAAAGAAAUGGUAAAACUAGAAGAAAUGGUAAAGCAUGAUGACCGAGACAUCUCUGGCAAUACAUUGUUACACUUGGCAACCAUCAAUGGAGUGGAUCCAGAGCUUGUUCGAUACAUUUUACCAUUUGUAAAUGUGGACGCCAUUAAUAAUGAAGGACUUCGUGCAAUUGACGUAGCUACUCCUGCUACAUAUAGAGAUGAAUCUAAGUUUACCGAGAUAAGAAGGAUUUUAGAAGACCAAGGAGAAUCUCGAAGUUCUGUGGGAAAUCCCAGAACACCUAAUUCAAUGGAUUUGAAACAAGGGAGCAACGUAAGUGAAAAAAUCAUGGAUGUGGACACCCUGGUGGCAUCACUCAUUGCCACCAUUACAUUUGCAGCUAUAUUUCAAAUACCAGGAGGAAUUGACGAUAAAGGUAGUGGAGCUGACGAUAAACAUAGUGCACCUGCCCCUGCACCUGGUGGAGAUGGAACUGGAGUUGCUCGGAUGGCAUUGGAAACUCUUUUUCAUGUGUUCUUGUUCUCUGAUAGCCUUGCCAUGUUUGCCUCCCUCACAGUUGUUAUUGCCUGGUUAUUCCGACAACGGUUACAAACAAAGAUUAAUGAAGAAGGUUCAGUAUUGGCCAAGCUAUCAGUUUUGAGCUUGGGUAUUUCCAUAGUCUCUACCGGACUUGCGUUCUUGACUGCAACCAUCCUGGUCACAGUACCUCGUCAUUUUAAAAACUUGAAAGAUCGUGAUGAAUAUAACUUGUUGUUAUGGGGUGACAUACUCACAGCUUUUGCUGCACCAGCAGUUUCUCUCAUUUUGCUGUCAAUUUUCUGGGCUAUUGAGUACAAUUUCAAUGCUACUGUGAAAAUCCGACGCCGACUUAGGAUACAGCUCAAAGAAGCUCUCAUCUAUAUAAUUCCACCUUUUGCUGUCGUAUUGGGAAUUACUUUUGGUUGUGUAUAUACCCAUUUUCCAGAAAGGACUAAAUAGUUGCCAAUAUAAUUCAGCUGUGAAAUUGGCCUUCCCACUUAAUGGCCUAUUGUAGAAGAUUUCAAAUGGUAGCCGCAUGCUAUUUGUCUUCGCCAGCUUCUUUGUAAUCUUAUUUACAUAGUAUGGUGUGUUAUUUAUCUUUUCUGCUUGUUACAUUUUCUUGUACCUAGUUUUGUUCAUGUUUAUAUUGUUGUAGCAACUUCUAUUGCUAUAGAUUGUAAGAGUCUCUCUAUUUACUAUCAUGACAGUCGCCUGUAAUAUUAUUUUUACAUUAAUAUAUUAUAUUUAUAGUUAAUUUUCAAAAAUAAAAUUGUUAAAAGGAAUGGUUCGGAUGAUUUCUUUAUAAUUUAGUUCAUUUUCUAUUUCAUAAUAUUAAAUAUAUAUUAAUACUAGUAUAAUUAUUUUAAAUAUAUUUAUUUAAGAGAUAUUUUGAAAUAUCUGUUUUAAGGUAUUUUUCUAUUUGAGAUAACAAAUUCUUUUACAAACAUCAAAAUUAAUAUGUUAAAUUAAUAUAUUCAAGAUCUUUUAGAUUGAUGCAAUUUACUCUUAGAAAAAGGGGACUGAAGAAUAGAGUAAAAAGAGCAGAGCCAAAAGAAUAAAAAUAGUUUAUAUUGAGGGGGAUUGCAGAUGUCUAUCAUUUGAUUCCUCACCCAAACCCAAUGUUUGAUCCCCUCAUGUCGAUCAUAAAGAGUAUGGAAACCAUCACUGAGGAGUACAAUGCCGGUCUUUUGUGGCAAGAUUCUAUGAGGGAACAAUAUGCGGAUGACUUGUUAUAUAAGGAGAUCAAGGAUCUCAAGAUAUUCAAAGUCGCUAUUGCCGCAUUGUUUGUGAAUCCCCACACUGGUCAACCCAUAGACCUCCAAAAACCAAAACUUUCUAUUAAAUCGUGCACAAAUGAUGGUAGUGUGAAAAACUUUUGGGAUCAUUUGUGGAUGGUUUUCGACAAACCACCCAACAACAAUCUUGAUGUCCCCUUCCACUUCAUCAAAAAAUUGUAUGCUGAGUUUGUUUUAGGAAAACAUGUGAACUACUUUGACAUCCAACCUUUCUAGGGUGUGGGUUUUGGUAUGCCCCAAAAUAGACCUGGGGCAGUCAAAGUAGUCUAGGGCCCAUAUGUCCCCCCUCCUCCUAUUGAUCCCCCACCUCCAUUGCAGUAUCCAGAUAUCAUUUGUGAGGCGGCAUCACGUACCAUAUCGGCUAUUCACUCUUUGAGUAGCCUUUUGGUUUCUAGGGUUGGGUCAAUAGCUCAGCCUACUUUUGAUGGUAGCGGUGCAUUUGAUGGAGUAGACACAUCCUCCUCAGCUCCACACAUUUGUGUUCCCCAUAGUUGUGUCAUGUGUGGACACAUAUGCUUGGGUCCAGUUGGACAACCUGGUGAUCCUCCUGUGCACAGUGCAGAUUAUGAGGUGCAUGAGAUGCACAAUGCACCAAAUGUUAUGACAUAGACUGGAGGAUACCUUGGGGACUCCUCACAUGCUAGAGGUAACCUGAGGCACCUUCAUCAUACAUUGAUGAUGUACUAGUAAGAUUUGUAUUUUCACAGUUCAUUUUAUAUUUUAAAUGAAUAUUUAUAAUCUAGAUAAUAUUAAGUACUAAUUUUUAUUUACAUGGUCUAUUUAGCAGUUGAUGACCGAGGAGGAGUUAACACAGAUCCAGGAGGACACCUUGAUGGCCAUUUCAUUUGGCCUUCAUAGCUUGAUGGUAUAUAUAUUAUUGCACCUAGUCGUUUGUAUUUUAUUGUACAUACAUGCUCAAAAUUUAUAUUGGUAUUAAUUAGAUUAUGUAGUAACUUACAUGUAUAUCUUAUUUUACUCUUGUAGGGAACAAGCAACAUGAGUGUGGGGCUGUGUGAUUUAGGAUCUGGUAGUGCAGUUGGAGACAAGGGAAAUGUAAUUGAAUAGAAUUCUUGGCUUCACAUCCUUGUUGACUACACCUAGUAUACCUAAAGAUGAUGAAGAAGAAGAGAUGCCUUGAGUACAUGUUGUGUAUGAAAAUAUUGAAAACAUACCUCCUCUACCAAAGACAUACAUCAAGAGUCCUGCAGAGCCAAAGAGAAAAUGUGGAGAUGCAAUAAACAAGAAUAGUUCAAUUAUAGUUCAUUUUUAUGUUAACUUUUCGAAUAUGAGUUAUAUAAUAUAACUAAUCUUAAUCAUGGUUUGUUUUUUCUUGUGCAAGAUCCUUCAGAGCCGAGCAAUGCGGCGGAGAGGAUCAAUUUUGAUGAUCCAUUAGCAGCUUAGGAAGUUAUAGAUAGCUUUUCAUAUGCUUACAUGUCUAGUUGGAAUGUAUAUUUUGUAUAUGGACAUACAUUGACGUAUAUAGACAUACAUUUUGUUUGA